CCACCCGUGGGCCACCACGGCCCGUUGCCAGCCUACAAGGGCAGGAGUGAGCAUCCUGCUGAUCUCAAUGGUGCUCUCGCGUCGUCUGGUGCUAUCGACCCAAACCCAAGCACUUUCCCAGAAAACCAAGCUGUUUUUCCGUCUAGUUUACACUCGCCCAGCGUGCCAAAGCCAGUCGGUAAGAGGCAAGCCUCGUCAAAAGACAGUGUCCCUAGCCCGCGGCUACUGGUCCAGAGUAGCCCUCUUAGAAGGAAUAUGCCACCGAACUCUCUCUCCCAAGUGCACUUUCAGAACAAAGUCUAUUGCGGUUCCCCGGCGGGCAGCGUGAGCGCAGGAUCCGUGCCUUUCGACACAAGCAUUCCCACUACACCGCCCACCCACCCCAGGCUUGUGCAAGCCUGGGACGGUGCCACUAAGGCGUUUUCUCCCGUGGACCAGAAUUCAGCACCUUAUCCAAACCCUGUUGGAAACCAGUUCUCAUUCGAGUGCCAGCCCGGCCCCGAGCAGAGGCAGCACAGGCAGAAAAACGCCCGGAUGCCUUGGCAGCAGAUACACCUCGCUCCUGCAAUGCCCGCUCAGAACAGGAUAGAGCUGUCGAGACAACUCAGCGGCCAGAAGCUCCCUUUCGCCCUUGGCACGUCCGAGUGGCAAGGGAGCGUGAAGGCCCAGAAAAGCGCCCCGCUAAGCAGCUCCCCCGGGUACCACGGCAAAAAGCUCUUGGGCGGAGAGGGCCUCGGGGCGCAGCGGGGUGAGCCCGGCCGGCAGAGCUGCGGUUCGGCGAGCGCUUUCUCCUUCGAAAGUGGGAAGGACCCGGGGUCUCCCGCCUGUGACUCAAGAAGCAAAGCCCUCUUCUACGGCAUGGGCCAAGCAGGGCCUCCUCCUCCCUCCAGGAACUCAUCCAGCUCGGCCUUGGCCUUGCCGCCGUCAGCCUUGGUGGCUGCGUCCCCGUGCGAGUCCCCGCUGCCUUCCCCUGUCCCCAACCCCACGUGCAGCAGCACCUGCUCCUCUCUGUCCCCCAUGUCGAGCAGCCCGCUCAACCCCAGCUUUGAAGACAGCCAGAUGUCUGGAGCACUUACCCCUUCUCCCUUCUUCCAUCAUCCCUGUCAUCCCAAGGAGAGCAACAAAACCUUCCACCCCGCCGAUGUACUGAGUUCGGGCUCGCUUCAUUACCACCCAUCAGACUCUGUCAAGUCCUUCCACUUCCCUCCCGACACCCUGAAGGAUGACAGUCUCCUCAAAUGCACCCCAGAGAGCCCAUUCCACAAGCCCAGCAUGGAGGUGGCCAAAGGAUGCCUCGACGGUCUCGAAGGGGAGCCGCCUCCGCCGCCUUAUUCCUCCCAUCACCUGCUGGCCACCUCGCUCAGCAGCGCCAGCCUGGACCAGCUGGACGUGCUGCUGACCUGCAAGCAGUGCGACCAGAACUACAGCAACCUCUCGUCCUUCCUGGAGCACCGGCAGUUCUGCGGCUCACACGCUGCUUUCCAGGGCGAGCCCAAGGACGCUCCGCGGGCCGCGGAGUGCAGGAAAACGCUCCCUCCCGAAGCCGCAAAGCACUCGCACGCCGGAGCCAACCUGGCGCUUUCGCCCGACCCCCAGGCACAUCUGAUGGCUCUAAACAAAAGCGACGAUUUCCUGCUGGAGGGGGAAAGCAAGAGCGACGGCAAAGAAGAUGCUCUGAAGGGCAACCUCUUCAACGGCCUGACCACAACCUCCUUGCCACUUACCGCGUCUGACUUGGAAAUCGAUGAUGCCAAGCUGGACAGUCUGAUCACAGAAGCCCUGAACGGCCUGGAGUACCAGUCAGAUAAUCCAGAGAUUGACAGCAGCUUUAUCGACGUGUUUGCCGAUGAGGAGCUUACGUCCGUGAAGGCGGCUGGUAACGGGCUGUCUCACAAGACAAAAGAAGCCUCCGAGAACAAAUCGAAGCACCCGGGACCCGAGGAGAAGGCAGCAAGCCAGCCCAAGGCCAGCUGUCAUUAUGAAGACAGCUGUCCUCGAGCGGAACAGGCUCGGAGAAGAACAGGAAAGCAGCACGUUCACAAGGGCAGAGCGGGCCGCAGGGCGCUGGGCCACGAGGCCGAGCGGCAGGAGAAGCCCCACACGCCGGAGCCACCUCGGAGCGAAUCUCCGGGUCAGGCAGCAUCCCGGGAAGAGCGACCCGACAAAACAGCCAGGCUGAGGGUGGGGAGAAAGAACAGCAGCGGCUGCAUUCCAGCCUCAAACCAAAAGCAGCCCAGAAAGGCUGGCCAGGAGACUCACGCCAAGAGCGACGUUGGGCCGAGUGUUGCCACCAAGAGCUCCAAGCCGCCCCGGUUCUCCAUGAAGGACAUGAAGAAGCGGAAGGCACGGAGCGGGACGUGGAGCAAGGAGCUCAUUCACAAAAUUGUGCAGCAGAAGAACAAGUUCCACAAGCUGCACGUGAAGAGCAACAAGCACAUGCAGUUCUCCUUGGUCACCGAGAGACUGACGCCAGCUGCCAAAGAGGAGAAAUUUCAGGAGUACGACUACAUUUCAGACUCGGAUGACGACGGGGCAGAGUGCACCAAACUCCAUGGGAGGAAAAGGCGGGGAGCAGGAUUUAUUGGGAGGUCCAAAUACAGCUUUAGCAAGAAACGGCCCGGAAGGAGUGAAAGAGCCAAAGAGAAAGAUCCCGCCCAAAGCUACAGCCAAAAAAGAGAGAGUCAGAAAAGAGAGACCCAGGAGCACAGGAGGGUUCCUGAUAAGGAGGCCUCCAAGAAGGAGGAUUGUGCAACCAGAGCACGAAGACGGAGCAGCCAGUCGUCUACUGGCAGCAAUCAGAGCGUGAGCGUGUCCAGUGAAACUGGCCCCAGCCCUCGCGGCGCUGAACGGGCUGAUUCGGACAGCGAGAAGGGCAGCGUGCAGGCGAGAAGGCACUCGGAUAGUUCGGAGCACACACCAAGGACCCCGCUCGGCCUUCACGAGGACAGCAGCCCCAAGGAGAGCCAUAAAAGCCAAGAAGAGUUUUCAAGAGGAACCAAACGGUUUGGCUCAGCCAAAUUUUUGCUAGUAGGCUCCAGGACGCAUCCAAGCACCAAGCCAGAUGUUCCUCUGACAGACUUUGUGAAGGAGGACCACCUACCGCAGGCCCAGGAGAAGCAGCUCCCCAGCACAGACACAUUUGGCAGGAGUCCCACUAGACCCUCCUGUAAGGACCAUGCAGAUGAGCCCAAGGGAGCAGCAAGCCAUGCAGGUGAGACAGGGAAAAGUAUUCUGGAGGCUCAGGAGUCCCCUGAGUUGGCAAUGGUCAACCACGGGCAUCCGUUUGCACCCUACACUGAUGAUGCUCUGAAGUAUCCUGCAGAAGAGCUAAUUGCUCCAUCCCAUGUCAGUAGUGAAGCCAGUCCUGGCAACGUGAGCGCCGCCUACCCAGAAGCCAACGUCAAAUACUUGAAGGAGCGAGGGCUCUGCGACAGUCGGAAGGACUAUCCGGCUCCUGUCGCCCCAUAUGGGGGGGAUGCUGUUGGGAUGAUGCUUGCUGGCAAAGUGCCUGAUACGUAUGUGAACAGUGACAACACGUUUUUCAAUCACAAAGGCCUGCCCGGUCACUACGAGUCCAACCUCUUCUCAAAGCCCCCAGCCUUGGCUUCCUCACACACUGGUGAUAUGUACUUAUGCCGCGAUGACAUUAGUAGCGGCUCCUUCGAGCAGAAACACGCCAAUAUCUCCCCCUACGCAGCAGAAAACCCACAGGCCAAGGUCUCCUCCCCUCUCAGCUUUGAUUCCUCUUCGAUAUUUGGAGAACUCCCUGUCACCGAGUUCGAUCCGCCGUUAUACGAAAGCGUUUCUGCAAGCAAAGAGAGUUACGUGACAACAUUUGCCUGCCCUGGCAAUGCACCCAGCAAGUCACUGCCAUUUGAGCAGCCGUAUCCGCCGUUUAUGCAGGAGAAAGACUGGACCCUCAUGGAGGAGGUGGCUCCGAUGUUGCCAGAAGACGUGACUCAGUUCCACAACCUUUCAACGGAGAAGCCACUGGCCAAGAAAUUCCCUGAUGAGGGACCUGUCCCUCCCAACCAACUGUCUCUGCCGCUGUCAGACAGGAUAACAGAUUAUAACGUAACUUUUAUGAACAACAUAUCAGACGAUGAACUGGAGAUCAAGCGGUUGGUUACGGAACUGGAAAGUCAGCUGCAGACGGGCAAAAUGAAUAACGAGGCGUCUGCUGCUCUGCAGAAACCUGAGCAACACAUCACUGCACAGCUGCGAGGACAGGCAGAUGAGCAGUUUCCACCCCUGCCUGUUGAUCAAGAGCCUGGUCAUGAGAAAGGGCUGUUUUUGGCAGACGACCUUGGGAGUCCAAGCCUUCUAGCCACGAAAACCUGUGCUGGCGAAAGGCUGGGGAGCGAGAAACCCGGUGUUGCCGAUGCCCACGGCGACUACGAGAGCCCCAGGGAGCCCUGGCCCUGCCCUGUGGAGUUCAGCUCCCUGGAAGCAGGGAUGUGCACGCCAGGCUCUGAGGACUCCCUCUCUGUGGACCAUUUCUGCUCCAAAGAUGCCAACGAUCAAUUCCAGGGAGCUGAAACUGCCAAGGAAAAUGAUUCCGGAAAGAAGGAAAAGAAGUCGUCCUCCCAGAGCCUGCCUGACUCACAUACAGACAAAAUAGAGGCUCCAAUGUAUACAGACCAUAUGAUAAAAACCCCUCUGGUUGUCACUGACCCCUUGUUCCCUAAGACUCUAGAGGCAGCUGAACUAAACAAAGAAGAUAUUCUACCGUCCCUGCCAUGUAAACAUGGUGCUGAGAACUUCCCCGUGGCUGGAAAAACAGAUAAAAACUUUGAUGAUCCUGCAGAGCUGGAGAAGUUUGAUACACAUCUUCCAACCCUUAAACCUGAAUUUGGCUUUGAGCAGCAGCCAGCCCCAGCCUUGGAUCUCGCCUUUUCAUCUUGCAUCAAAGAGGUCCCGGAUGCAGAAGAAGGAGCUUUAAGCAAGUCCGAGUCACCCCGAGCGGGGAAAAGAGCAGUGUCCCUCACAGGGGAGAGCGGUGGGCCCGUGUCACUGGAAGAGAUGGAGGAGAGCAAGAGCAGCACAGCCUUCCCAGCCCCUGCCACCAGCGACAAAGCCAGCAAGCAAAAAGUGCUGUUGCUCGACAUGCUGAGCCUGCCCAAGGAGAGCGACGGGGGCUCCAAGGAGAGGGUGGCUUCCCAGGAGAACCCGCUGCAGCAGCUCCAGCUCUUCGUCGCCCGGACUGUGAAGAACAACGAGGAGGAGCUGCUGCUGCCGUGCUUCCCCGUGCUUCUUGCUCCCAACCACCCGCAUCCCAACGCCAGGGUCCAGCCGGAGCGGAGAGAGGAGAGCAGGGACAACUCGGAAAGUGAAAACGGGACAGGCUGUGCUGCCCAUGGGGAGGGGGAUGUCCCCGCUGGAGGCGAGGCAGAGGGCAUAGCUACCCCGUCUAAAGAGGCUGCAGUCUUCUCAGGUGCGUGUGAGCACCUGGAAUCAUUCAGUGAAAUGGACUCCUACAGUGCAAAACAAUCCACAUUUGUGAGCCUGGAGCUGCAAAAUAAUGUAACGGAGCUGCAGCACUUAGCAAAUGAACAUGCAGAGCAGGAUGACAUUAAUAUCCAUGCAGAUGGUGUUUCCCAAGAGCGUAAUGACCUCUCACCACUUCACAACACGGUGGUGACCCCAUUGCCAGGGCAGGGAAAGAAAGCUGAUCAGCUUGUGGAAGAGCAGGAGCAAGAUAAAAACAAAGCGACCUUGGCAUUUAAAAAACAUGAGCAAUCCCUUUUAAGCCAUAGUUCACUUGAGAAAGAAGCGUUGGGCAGCGCGGCAGCAGGGAGGCUGGAAACAAGUGAGGCUGAAUGUAGAUCCUGGUGCGAGGGAUCUAGCCAGGAUGCGCAGGCAUUAGGCUCCAUAAAAACCAAACGGAUCAGAUCCGGGAAUCAUCAAGCAGGGCAUGGGACACAGCCCCUCUGCGGUGCAUCUGGGAGUCCUGCCAGUCCACUGAAUCCCUCAGAUGAUCUCCACCAGGAUCAUCAUUUGCUGCAGGGCACAAAAGCCUGCAGAGCAAAUGCUAAGGUUCCCGAAGAAGGGAAUGGCCAGAAAAGGUCCCUCGGGGGCUGUCACUACACGAGUGAGUCCCAGACCAGCCUGUCCUUGCAAACAAACUUGUCUCAGUCUAAAUACUUGCAAAGCGGUGGUGAAGGAGGAGAGUUCCCCAGCUUCAGCACAAGGUUAACAGGGGACAAUAAAUACAGUGUGGAGGCUUCAUCGAGUCCCCAGAAACUGCUUGUCAAGGGCUGCUCGCUUCCCUGCUUGCCGCCUUUCAACCAAAAGGAUGUUAGGAAUGAGGUACCAGAAAGCCCUCGUGCCACAUCAGGCCCUCAUUUUAAAGAAACCCAAGCACACACCAACACAGACACAAUUACUAAUUCCCAGUCCGCUCCUCCAGAAACCCAAGGUUACCCAACGCUGCCCACGACAGAUCUUCUGCUGGUUAGAGAAGGAGAGGUAAACUUAAAUGAGAAAGAGCUUGAGAACUGCCCUCAAGAGGAAAGUAACCCUCAGAAUGAACCAGAGGCUUUGCCCAGUGGUUCGGUUGCUCAGCAGAUACCACCUCCUGUCAGCAACAGUCCUGCAAGGAUUGCAGAGCUCAGUCCUCCUAAACUAAAUUCCCACCAGGCAGCAGAGGUGAGACCUGGUGAUCCUUCCGAAACUAUGGAGCAUGGAGGAAAGAACUUAAAAAGUGAGAAACCCAAAAACCGUGGGGCUGAGCGUGGCGGAGAAGCUGGGAGUUGCAUGUUAAAUAACAUGGGUCAAGGGGAGGACAACAUGUUCACUGGUCUUCCAAACGCUUCCCAAAAUGAACUUCUGAAAGAAAAGAAGCCAACUGGGCUCCAGGUCACCUGUGAUAUUUGUUCAGCCUCUUUCCGGUCCAAGCCUGGCCUGACCAGGCACAAAGCUGUCAAGCAUCAGGUAAAGAAUAGCGGCAUAUCACAGGCAAGCAAAACUCCUGAGUCAGAUUUAAUUCCAGAAGACAAAGCAUCAAAAGUGGCCAGAAAGGUCCCUAGAAGGACCCUAAAGACUUCUGUCAAAGAGAAAAUCUGCAGCUCUCCAGUGCCAGACACCGCUGUUGAGUGCACCCCCAAGAAAAUAGGCCCAGGCCUGGAGAAAGAACCCAAUGCUCAGAUGCAAGAAGUAGUGAGCAGAGUGCUCAGUGACCUCAGUGUUAUUUCCUUUGAGAUGUCCCAGGAGCUUCAUCGCACGGGUGUUCUGAGCAGAGAGAUGAAGGCAAAGUAUCAGCGCUCGGAGACGAGGGGAGCGGGUGAGGCAGAGGCUGAAAAGCUGCAUCCUGGAAAGCAAGCCAGGAAGGGAGAAAAGGGCAGAAGGAACCAAAGCAAAGAUCCUGCAGGAGCAAACAGCAAUCCUGACAAAAAGCUCAACAGGAAAGUGAGACGAAGGAAAGCAAAGCUGUUUCCCAACAGAAAUGAGCCUGAUGGUCCCUCUGAGCUGGAGAAUAACGUGAAUUUGGGUCCUUCCCCUGUCGGCCUCAGCAGUGUUAGCUCCAGUUUGUCCACUACAAUUGAGGGUUUGCACGAGCCAGGCAGCUGCAUCUCAACAGAGGAACAAAAUCAGCCCGCAAAAUCCUCACAAAAAGUGAGACAGUGCCCUUGUGCAGUAGAGGACCCGGGCAAUAGGAUGGAGUCUUCAAAGGAAAUGGUCAGGAAGGAGUCAAUGAAGGGCACAGUUGCUUGUCCUACGGAGGUGGAAGAGCCAAGUGGAGUGGAAAACCCAGAGGCUUGCAAGAAAUGGGUUGUGAAGCAAGUGGAGAAGGGAUUGGGCAAGGUAGGCAAGGAAUGGCACCUCCAUGGCGAGGGCGCAGAUGAAAUGAACACUGAGACAAAGGACAGUUGCGCAGGAAACAGCCGUGCUGGGAGUCAGAGCAGUGCCCUGCAAAGUCCCACGGGCCCCGCUGAAGAGCAGCUGCCGCUGGAAAAGCGGGAUUUGGAAACCAUGCAGAAGGCUCCUGCGCAAGACACAACGCAGGGCACUUGUGGUGCCAGCUCCCCCUCCGGAGAGACCAAGCGCUGGGUGAGGGGAGACCUGCAGCAGGACAAAGAGCCCUGCAUGGACAGCGCGGCCGUCGCGGACCUCCAGAGCCUCUUUGAUGAUGACUCCACGUUCUCCCAGCUGUUUCCACGGGACGAGCAGUUCAUCCGCAGGAAGUGCACACGCGUGUACGGAAAGCGCGCCAAGAAACCCAAGCCUGUCACCGAGGUGAACAUCCGCCCAGCGGGUGCCGUCGACCUCUUCACUAUCCGCUUAGCUUCUGACCUCAGUGAAACCAACUCUUUCUGUGUCACCAGGGAGGAUCCGUGCGAAUACGAAACCAUCUCCAUCGACGAUGCCUUAAUGCUGAACAUGUGUCACAGCAGUAAGGCGAAGAGCGGAGAAGCUGUUCCCAGUGCAUCUAAAAAUACUGCGCUGGGGUCAGACUGUGAGAAGAUCAACCAAGAGAAGGAGGUCAUUGACCUCGAAGAUAACAACGUGCUAAAUUUCUUGUGCCAAAACAGCCAAGUGGAGAAUGUUCCCAGCUUGAACCUUUGGGGCUGUCUGGAGAAGGAGGGAGAAAGCAUCUGCGCUGAGGACAUGUUUGAGGCUCCAAUGGAGCUUGAGAAUGAGCACUCGCUAGGAGAAACGAGCUCAGAACCUCCCGACCUGGCAGAGGAGCCCUUCGAUGGCAAGGUGAGCGAGGACGAUUCGGACUCUCCUGAGUUUCACACAAUUGACGUUGAGAUGCUGAAUGCAAAGCUAAAAAUGAGGGACGUGUGUUUCUUUGGCCCUUGUGAAGAUCUUCCUGGCCAUACUGAUGAAAAUGCCGUGAGUUUCAAGCAGAAGCCAGAUCAGCACAGCAAACACAGCAGACACAGGCUAGAAGAUGGGAAGCUGGGGAAAAACCGCAGCGAUGUAAACAUCAAGACCAAAGACAAGCAGUACAAAUGCAAAGUGUGUUUCCAGUGGUUCCUCACAUUAGGGGAACUGGACUUCCACAAGCUCACCCAUAACCCUUCCCCACCUCCUACCUGCUACAUGUGUGUCCAGCGCAAAUUCAGCUCUCGGGAGCAGCUGAGGGACCAUUUGAAAGAGAAGCAUGCCAAAAACAAGGCUGGCCUGUGGGCUUGCGGGAUGUGCCUGAAGGAGAUUUCCGACGUGUGGAUGUACAACGAGCACCUCCGAGAACAUGCCACCCAGUUUGCUCGGAAAGGGCAAGCGCAGAAGUCCGUGAUGGGCCUGCCUGCCUGCUUUGGUGAGGACAGCGCCGCUGUCACCCACUUCCUCAACACCAUCAUGUAUCGGAGACCCAGCAAGUCCUCCAGGCACGCUGACUCCAGCAACAAGCAUCCAGGUAGCAGGGAGAACAAGAGCCCCAAAGAGCUGCCCCUUGAGCAGGAGGCCCCAGUGAUGAAAGACCCUUUGGAAAGCAACGUCAAGGUCAAGCCAUCUACACCCAGCUCUUCCAAAGCAUGUGCCAGUCCAUCUCCUGACCAUAUGGCAAAAAGCGAAAGCUCCCCCAAAAGCGUCCCCAUGCAUCCAGACUGCAAGGAUCCUUCCAGAGACUGUCAUCACUGUGGGAAACAGUUUCCCAAACCCUUUAAGCUCCAGCGGCACUUAGUAGUGCACAGUUUACAGAAGAUCUACUUGUGCCACAAGUGUCCGAUGUUCUACCAGGAGACCAAAGAGCUUCGAAACCACCUCAGCCAGGAGCAUGGGAUCCUGGAGGAGCAAGAGAUCAAGCACACCACCCUGUAUGCAUGCGAGCUCUGUGCAGACGUCAUGCACGUUAUCAAAAAGUCCUUCAUAUGCAGCAUGUGCAACUACACGUUCUCCAAGAAAGAGCAGUAUGACCGGCACAUGGAGAAGCACCUUGCAGGAAGCAACAAGACCUUCAAAUUCAGAGGGGUCAUGAGGCCCGGCGUUGCCUCCAGAGAGGGCAGGGAGAAGGUUAAAGAGGAAGGCUCCCUCCUGGAGCCACCAAACAAGAAAAGGAAAGUUGUUCAUCGUAGCAGCUCACUGCCACGUAGCUCUCCGGUGCCUCACCUGGACCACGCGAGUGACCUGCAAAUGGCAGAGGUUGCAAGUCCCAGCCUGCAAGCUCCUAGUGAGCCUUUCCCUCUAGCAGCUUGUGAGCCAGGAGCACCUCUACCCCAAACCUCUCUGAAAACAGAAGACCUGGUGGGUGAUUUCUCUGAGCUCCUUGCAGAGAUGGAGAAAUCUCAGUUUGAUGCCCUGCCUCCGCCACCCUGUCUCUCGCCGUCUUUGCCACCAGCUGCCACAAGCAGUCCAGAGCUCGGCCACGUCACCACCCUAUCCAUUGAGGAACUGGAGAAAGGAGCGUUUGAUGGGAAACCGCUUCCUUUCUUGGACUCACCCGAGUUUAAUAUUGAUCUUGCUGGGUUAGCCUGUAACCAGGUAGCGGAUGAAAAACUGUCUCCUCCACGUCUUACUGAGAAACGUGGCAAUGCCAAUGCCCAUAAAAAAGCAAACUUAGGCAGCAAAGAUGAAUAUGUAACGGGCAUCCUGGAAAAUCCCGAUGCCACCACCGGCGCUGGGAAUGAGGUCCCAUUUCUUCAACUCGCCAAGAAGGUCCCAUCACCAAGAGCAGAGGCUCCUCAGGCCAAAGAGACCAACAAAUCACUGUGGAGUGCAAACGAUGGCCCUUCUUGGGAAGGAGCAUCUAAAGCCACUUCUUCCGAGGCUGUCCACCACCCCGUGAAGGACAAGGCGGUGUCACCCGUGCUGAACAAGGCUACCAAAGAGUUGGCCAUGCAGAAGAAAGCUGCAGGUGGCCAGGCCAGCAGCGACGCUCCUCCCAACGCUGCCAGUCCUGGGAGGAGCGCCGAGGAGAGCCCGAAAUCCAGCACACCCAAGGAAAAAGCUGUGCCCGAGGCGGGCGCCUGUGCCAAGGAGAGCAGCGCUAACGCCAGCGGCAAGGAGCAAGGCGCCAACGGGGGCAAGUCCAGCGGCCACCACGUCAAAGGAGAGGCGGCCGGCAACGCCGCGAGGCACGCGGACAAGCCGGCUCUGAGCGCACCGGGCAAGCUGCACCCAAAGAAGAGGAAAGAGCACAAGUCCUUGAGCCACCGGGGCAGCUCCGGCUCCCGGGAGAACAUCGAGGGAGACGGGAAGAAGAAGAAAGCCCGGACACCAGGUCCGGGCAGGAGCGAGAGCGCCGGCGAGUUCAAACACGCCGACUGGACCAACGCUGAAGCUUCUGCCCUCUCCCCGGGGAGGAGGGAAACGCACUGCAACAGACUGAUUCCCAAGCCCAAAAUGGCAGGAGUGGGCAACCAGCUGAAGAAGAUGGUCCUGGACACCUACAACCAGAAGAAGGUGGAGAUCCGUCACGCCAACGGGGACGUGAAGCGCAAGAAGGCCAUCCUGGGCAAGAGCUUCCACCAGGUGCUGGCCAAGGGGCCGGCGUCCUCCCCGCGCGGCUCCCUGCACCGGCCGCGCGCGGCGCGGGGCGCGAAGCCCGCGGAGCCGGCGAGCUUCCGCACCGCCGAAUCCCAGAACCAUCUGCUCAGCCAGCUCUUCGGGCAAAAAUUAACUAGCUUUAAAAUUCCUUUAAGAAGAGAUACUUCAGAGUAAUUUAUGAAAGUGACUUAUGGUGAUCCUCAGCUGCUUUCAUGGGGUUUGCAAGGGAAAAAUUAUCAAAGCAUUAAAUUCGUUUGUGUAGCAUGAUUUUUCUGUCUAGCUUAAAUGAACUUGCACUGCAGCCUCUGUGAAAUAGUUUGCUUUGUGUCUACUAAUCUACUUUAAUUCACCUGAUUUAUCAUGCAAAUGCUAGAACUUUGAUGUUGCUGAUGAUUUUCAUGAACUGAAAUUGUAAUCGCUUUGGGCAGGCUGAAUCGUCGAGAGCAAUUGCUUUAUUGCAGAAGUGCUGAGGUUAUAAGGAUACUUGCAAAUCUCAGACCCUUUUGAGACUGUGUCUGUGUUAUCUUUGUACAAAGUACUUGAAGAGAUGAACUUCAUUCCGUAGACGUCUUAUUCAUAAGGUGCAGUACACUGUAGAAAGCAAAUUUUUUUUUUUUUGAAGAUUUUGCACAAAUAAUCCUGUACAAUUCAUUUAAUUGGGAGCCGGCCUAAGAGAUGAUACAAUUAAAAAAAAAUUAAAUUAAGAAGCGAGUGGCCCAUAUUUUGACAGCCAUCCCUAUGAAUUUGUUUCUACAUUGUCAAGCGAAUAACGAGCCAGCUUUGACGCUGCGUGGGCUAUUCGAGCGUUCCCGACGUUGCUGCCGUUCUUUGACCACUGUAGCUGAUGUAAAUGGAGGAAAGCCAAGAGCGCGAGCAAACUGCACCUUGACACUUGUGACAAACUCUUUUUGUAGUGUUUUUUUAAUUGUUAUUUUGUCUUUUUUUUUUUGUUUCGUUCUUGGUUUGUUUUUGUUUUGCGCAAUGACAAAACUGUGCCAAUUUACCACACCAGAAUGGUACUGUCCGAGUGCCCUCAACGGUAUAACUUCUAACCUAUCUUACUGUAUUGAGUUAGUGGCUAUAUAGGUAUCCGCUUUUUACUAUGCAGUUACUGGUGCUAUUUUUAUUUUGUAAUGUGAAUACAGACUUCCUUGAUUGAAAAAAAUAAAGGGAACCGAUAGGAAGUAGCAGUUACCUGUAAAAGAAAACAAAGCAGGAAAAAAAUAAUCAAACUUUAAGGAAAAAAUCCUGUAUGCUGGUACUCCAUAGUGUUGGAAAGGUUACGUCACGUUAUACAAGCACGUUAUACAACCGAACUUUUGAACCGGAAAGAAAUCUCAGGUGCAAACGAGGACAUGGAAGAUAACUAAAUACUAUUGAAUACUCCCACGUCAAGGAGGUGAAGUAAUGCACUGAUGUGAUAUGAACAGUCAGAGUACUUUGCGUCUGUCCUGCAAUUUUUUUUUUUGUUUUGGAUUUAAAAGGAAAAAAAAAGAGGCUUUAUUCUGUUAAUAUGUAUCUUUACAAACCUUUGUAUUGUAUAAAAAUAUUGUAGGUAAUUUACCUUGGGUGCAAUGUGUUAUGUCAAAAGUUUUUAUUUUGAUAUUUUGUCAGAGAAGCAGAGAGAGAGCAGGAAACGCCUUUUUAUGAUGUCGUAUGUGUGCUUUUAAAGUGCCUCUUUAAUAUUGUUAAAUAAAGUAUGAGAUGAAAAUAUGGGGUGGUACUGUAAAAUCAUAC